AUGAAUAAGCAAACUCCCACCGAAAAUCCACCAGGGGAGGAGAAGAGAGACGUCCGUCCAUGGCUUCCUGAGGAACGGCAGAAAUUUUAUGAAUGUUUCGCGAAGCAUUAUAAGAAGUUUAACAUCAUCAGUGAAAUGAUUCCAACGCGGUCAUUUACGCAGGUUCGGCAGUUCUUUUAUCGCGAAACGAAGAGAAUUCAAGGUUUGUUAGGAGAUUCACAAAAUAUUAUAAAUUGGGAUGACAAAGAUCAUGUAAUCUGUGUGUUCAAUAGUUAUAGUACACUUAUCAAAAACGGCAGCGAUCCAGCAAAGGUAAUGAAGAGUAAACGGUAUAUCGAGCGUUUAAAGCACAAAAUUGAGGGUAUCAACAAGCGCCGACUGGCUCAACAGGAGCGAGAACGACAGAAGCUCGAGUUGGCUCGCCUUGAAAACGAAAAGAAUGCAGCCUUGUACUCUCUCCUUCUCAUUUCUAUCUAG